CCAAAAGCAAACACAGCUGUGUUUUUCCCCUUCCCAGUGACAUCAGCCCACUUGCCUACAAAUAGGCGAGGGUGAGACUUCCCACUCAAGUUUUCAUCAGUGGAAGUGAAAUGGAUCACAUUCAAUUUGACAUCCGUCUUAGAACUAUUGUUUUACAAUGCUUUAUCAUGAGGACUGUGCUUUGCAUUCAGGAAAGACAAUGGAUUGAUACCCCGACAGCAAGAUUAACAGAAGGAGAUGUGGCAUGUUUUUCUGAAUACAUGGAGAUGUGGAUACACAGUGCAAGGAUUGAAGGGUUGGGACUCUGGCUGUCUGGGGCCUUACAGAUCCAAGUCAACCUUGCUUCUCUGGAUCACCUAAAUCUCCAGCUGUCUGACUGUGGAUUUGCAUUGCACAAAGAGGCUGACAAGAACUUUAUUUUUAGAGUCAGUUACACUGGAUGUUUGGUCCAGCAACAGCAUGGCUACCAUGUCCUGACAGUGAAUUUGGUGAAGAGGAUAAAUCGAUUCAGAGGCAGACCUCAUAGUUUCAUAAUGAAGUGCCCCCGGGUUUCUGUACUGCCUAGCAGAGAGCAAAUCCAAUGUGACCCGGAGUAUAUUCAGGUGACCAGACAAGUUCCGUUUGACAUCUGGGACAACGAGCUGCAGUGGUCACUUUCCCUGAGCAAUUACCUCAUUGUAGCUCUGGAGGAUGCCAGCCUGAUUCAGAUGAAUAUUGACAUUAACGGACCAGACAUUACAGUUCAAGGCAGGAGAAGGGAGGUCUUGAGCCCUGUCAAAGUAAUGGAAAGUGAAGGGGAAUUCUUGGCCUUGAAGCUGGUCAGUGGUCAGUUUGCCUACAGUAUGGAAGCUACGUGUCCAAAAGUGACCACGUUCACACCAGAGGAGACUGUGCUGCACAUAUUUAAACGCCGAAUGGGUUUGACCAAGAGAGGCAGCGCUGACGAAGCACUGACAGUCAGUAAUGUGUCUGUGAACCAGACAGAUAAUUUCACUGUGCAUGAGACGAGUGAAUUUCUGACACUGACCAUUCCAACAGCCCAGAUACUCCAGACCAAGACCUGCACAGACAGCAAACAACUCCUGCAGCUGUUCUGUAGGGUGGAUGUUGUGCUCACCUUCAGAGAGACAAAUCACAAAAUGCACUGGACCAUGGAGAACGCACUGCCAUGCACAGCCAGGCCUGCUGAGUCACACAUCACAUCCUCUCCUGGUCCAAACACCACAACCCCGUUCACGUUCAACUUUGACCACACAAGUUCAACGACAGAACAACCGCUGCUGGACCGUCUAAAUGAGAGACGAUUUGAAGAGAUGACUGCGGAGCUUUUCACAACUAAUUCACCUCACACACAGACGGAGGCCCGUAGCUUUAAUUUCCACACUGAUGAGAUGUCAAAGAGUGGAAAUUUGUCUUCUGGGCUUGACAGAGACGCCAUUACUUCCAAUAAUGCCACUGAAAUAAGCUUUUUUGAUUUGAUAAAUGUGACCACACAUACUUCAGCAGAGUCAGAUUUCCUUGAGACAUCAGCCACAGCUGAACCAUCAGAAACAUCUGUCCUCACAAUGGUUCCACCUGAAGAAGAAUACCAACAAUUCAAGACAACCAGUGGGAAUAAAGAGCAGCAAAAGCAGAGAAGACUGAAGUGGACCUGGGAGGACUAAAAACCUGACAGAAACAGCAUUAUCCAGUGCACCGAUUCUGGUAGCAGGUGUCAGACUUAGCAAAUUUUAACGUAAGUUGUCCAAUUCAAUAACCAUGUUUUCCAUCCCAAAAAGUGAGCAUGAAUUUUAAAAUGAAAUGUCCCUUCUAAGUCAUCCUAGACUUCAAAGACCGUUUCAAUUAGUGACAACACCAAUUAGUGAUUCACUUCUUUUGCUUUAAUUCUCAUUGGUGCCACGUACUGCACAUCUGUUUGCAGUCUUAAAAGGUGAUGCUGUGGUCAGUCAGCGCUGUGAAGGUUGAUUAUACAAGCAGAAAUACAGCCAGACCUCUGCCAGCCGUUGCCUUAGGGAGGACAUUAUCCAGACGCCGACAAGGCAGGCGUUAAAUAAACAUGUCUCUAACAGGCUGACGUAGAGAAGACCCUGCAGAUGGUAAAGCUGAUGCUGCCUUCCAGAGAAGUUUUGUGUUAACUCACAAUAAAGACUUGGUUUUUAAUGCCACAGACUAUCUACUUGUCAAUGAAUCUCUUUCAGACGUUUAAUGUUUCUCAGGGUGAAAUAGACACUUUACAAAUGUGCUUUUUUUCUUCUGUUAAAAAUAAACCAAUCAAUUGUCUGACUCUAAACAUUCAGCUGUGAUGUUGCUGAUGUACCUGUGCUGCAGUAUACUGAACCAACAGGAGAGGGCACUGUUGCAUGUGUUGUCA